AAGGGCAGGAGAUGAGUUUCUUUGCUUCAUCAGUAGCACAGCCUGCUUCGUGAAUUCGCCGGUCGAGCUUCUAGUAUAGGCUAACGGAUCGUGUGAGAAAUCAGAUUAUACUCCGCAUCUAGCCUGUGGUACUGGUAGGAUAACGCAACAUGGCGUCACGUGAACGAGGAGCUCCGUGCUGGCAGCUACUCGCCACGGCAUGUGCCUUCGUUAUCGGCCUGGCGGUCCUCGCUUGCUCGAGGCACGAGCACAGCCCAUGCGCCAUCAGUCGCGCACUCGCGUCGCUUCUGGGCAAACCUCCCAUGUCGGACGAACCUCUGCUCAUCCCCACUGGCCCGCGCUUCGGCGAUCUGCCGCUUCUGCACAAUCCUCUAUCCGGCAGCGGGGAUGUGUCUGACGAACUCACCCGCAAUCAUCUGAUCCUGCUCGCGGCGGACAACGACGCGAAGGACCUGGCGGAGACAGUUCCUGCUACGGGCGCGCGUGACCGCAAGGCCUCCCGCCGCGCCUUGCCGCUGCGCCGAUUCCUCAACCAGGUGCGGUACAACCUGGCGGAAGCGGCGCAGACGGCGCGCAUGUUCGAGCCGUGCGACGCCGCCUUCACCGACCACACGCCGUGCGAAGACCCCGCGCGCGCCAAGCUGUUCCCCAAGACCGCCAUGAUGCACCACGAGCGGCACUGCCCGCCCGUGCGCGAGGUGAUGCAGUGCCUCAUUCCGCCGCCCGUCGGGUAUAAGACUCCGCUCCCCUGGCCGCAGAGCCGCGUGGAGGCGUGGUACGUGAACGUGCCGCACAAGCAUCUGACGACGGCGAAGGCGGACCAGCACUGGAUCCAGUACGAGGAAGAGACGGAGAAGUUUCUGUUCCCCGGCGGCGGGACUAUGUUCCACGACGGCGCGGAUGCUUAUAUCGAGGAGCUUGGGAAGAUUCUUCCUCUGACAGACGGGUCCAUUCGCACCGCGCUGGACACGGGCUGCGGGGUGGGCAGCUUCGGCGCGUACAUGCUGAACCGCGGCAUUCUGACCAUGUCGCUGGCGCCGCGCGACGGGCACGAGGCGCAGGUGCAGUUCGCGCUGGAGCGCGGGCUGCCCGCCAUGAUCGGCGUGCUCGCCACGAAGCGCCUGCCGUACCCGCCGCGCUCCUUCGACCUCGCGCACUGCUCGCGCUGCCUCAUUCCGUGGGCCCGCGAAGACGGUCGUCUGCUGGCGGAAAUCGACCGCGUGCUGCGCCCGGGCGGCUUCUGGGUGCUAACUGGCCCGCCCAUCUACUGGAAGCACUACGCCAGCGGGUGGAACCGCCCGGAGGCGGACCUCGCGGCGGAGCAGGCGGAGAUUGAGCGCACGGCGGAGAGCCUGUGCUGGCGCAAGUACGCGGAGAAGGGCAUGUUCGCCGUGUGGCAGAAGCCGCUCGACGGGGAGUGCCAGAAGGGCAAGGCGGCAGAGGGGAACAGUAUUCCGCCCAUGUGCCCCGCGGCCGAGGACCCGGACCUGUCGUGGUACACCCCGAUGCCCGCGUGUCUCACCCCCGUGCCGGCCGUCACGGACGAGAACGGCGUUCCUGGCGGCAGGCCGGUUAACUGGCCGGCCAGGCUGACGGCCGUCCCGCCCCGCAUUGCCCUCAACCUUGUCCCAGCGGCGACCUCUUCCGGUCAGGAGGCGAACGGAGAGGAGAUGGUUCUGAGCGGCGGCGGUGGUGUUGGCGCCGAUGCGUUGGCCUCCGCGGACGGGUUCCGCGCGGACACGGCGGAGUGGCAGCGGCGCGUGCGGUGGUACAAGGAGAAGCUGCUCCCCGGGCUGGCCCAGGGGCGCUACCGCAACAUCAUGGACAUGAACGCGCGCGACGGCGGCUUCGCGGCGGCUCUGGCGGAGGCGGACGACCCCGUGUGGGUGAUGAACGUCGUGCCCGUGGAGCGCGGAGCUGCCAUCGGCGCGGACGGGGAGCCCGGCGCGGCCGCGGACGCGGUUUCCCCCUCGACGGUGGUGUUUUCCGCGGCGGACACGCUGGGGGUGAUUUACGAGCGCGGGCUGCUAGGCUCGUACCAGGACUGGUGCGAGGCGUUCUCGACCUACCCGCGGACAUACGACCUGGUGCACGCGUCGAAUCUCUUCUCCAAGUGGGCGGACCGGCCGUGUCCCGUGGAGCAUGUGCUGCUGGAGAUCGACCGCGUGUUAAGGCCCGAGGGCGCCGUGCUGAUCCAUGACGAGCUGCCCGUGCUGCAGCAGCUGCUGCGCCUGGCGCCCGGGUUGAGGUGGGACGCGCGGAUUGAGAGCAGCGGCGGGGAUGAUAGUGCCGAGGGCGAGGCCGUGCUGGUGUGCGCCAAGAAGUACUGGACCGCGGGGUGACGUGGCUGCUGGUUGACGUGACCGCGGGUUGACGUGGCUGCCGGUUGACGUGACAGCUGGGUGAAAGUGACCGUGGGGAACAAGGGAGAGAGUAGGGAAGGAGAGGCAAGCCGGGACAGGUGUUCAGCUGCUUAGUCUUGGGAUAGUGUGAUAGUGUGCGCUGAGACGACGUGAGGUGAGGAUUGAUUGCUAGGAAGGUAUAUAUGUUCCUUUGAGCUGCCUCAGCUCUAGCUAGAGAUCGAGCGUUAGAUGGAGCAUUGAUCUACUCGCACGCGGUAGUCUGCAUAGUAGUGGUGCUAACUUGGCGUCUGCUAUCGCGCUUCUGAGAGCAGGAACUAUUGAUGGGUUUGCUUUGGUUUGGUGUGCUCCGUUACUGGUGAAUAUGAGA